AUGGUUGAAGAUCCCAAAGAAUUAUGGGAUUGCCUUAAUGAAAGAUUUGGACACCACAAAAGGGUGCUCCUGCCUAAGGCAUUAUUUGAUUGGACAAAUUUACGGUUCCAGGAUUUCAAAUCUGUAAUUGAUUAUAAUUCAACCAUACAUGAGAUAGUGUCUAUAUUGAGAUACUGUGAUCAUCCGGUUACAGAUGAACAGAUGAUUGAAAAAACACUCACUACCUUUCAUGCAAGUAACAUACUGUUGCAAGAACAGUAUCGUGAAAGAGGUUUUAAAAAGUUCAAUGAAUUAAUGAGUAUAUUGCUUGUUGCGGAACAAAAUAGUGAACUUUUGUUGAAAAAUCAUAACCUGAGACCAACUGGGUCUUUGGCCACUCAUCAUGAGGCAAAUGCAACAAAUUCCUAUCCACCCGAGUCAAAUGCUACAAGAAGAGGUGGACGUGGAAAUUACAAUGGCCGUGGAAGAGGUCGUGGAAAUUAUCGCGGACGCGGCCGUGGUCGUGGUAGAAAUAAUUUUCAAAGAAACAGACAUUGGGGACGUACUUGUCGAACGGCCAAACAUUUGGUAGACCUUUACCAGGCUUCUGUAAAAGGCAAAGAGAAAAAUGCAGAAGCAAAUUAUGUUAAUGAGGAAAAUGCUCCUUGUCCCAGCCUUGAUGUGUCUGAUUAUUUCAUGGAUAAUGCUGAAAUUGGAAAUGAUUUCAUUCUUGGAGAAAACAACAAUACUUAG